AUGCCAGUGUCUCCGUUGUCGACGCUCGGCUCGACGCUGCUGCCUGCAGACGCAUCCGAGCAAGAUGUUGACUGGUCUACACUAUCUGCAGGUCUCUCAGCACUGCGUCUGCGCUCGCAGAAGGAGCUCACGGAUCUGACGACGGCGCUGGAUUCACUUGCGACCCCGGCCAGGAUCUGUACACUUAACGAGCAUGACGACGUUUUAGCAAUUUCCAACGAUCUCCAAUCACUGCAACCUCAGCUGAGUGCCAUCGAACAGCAUUUCAUACAGUUGAAGAGCAUUAUCUGUCCAAGUGUGAGCAAGCUCGAGACGCUCCAGAGCCGAGCCAAGUAUCUUGAAACGGCCGUGCAGAUCGAGAACUUAAGCCAAGAAGUUGAAGCUCAAGCUGUUCACGGGACGCCGGAGGCGCUGGCGGUUUUUCGGCACUUUGCAGAGACUGUGGCUGCCAUUCCACGCGAUGUUCCCGUCCUUCGAAGAGAAGCACUGCGUCGAGUGGAUGAGCUGUCGUCUUGUUUGCGUCGUUUCGCACUGGAAAAGCUUAAAAUGGCGUUGAAGGCAAUUGAGUGGCCCGAACCAUUGGCAACUCUGGACGAGUUGACGGACAAGGAAGCUGAGCUGCAAAACGUAUCGAAGGCGUUCGCGUUCUUGCUGACGCUGCAACUUAGUCAGCAGUCUACGUCGUCACCGACGACGACGACGAUAAAUCUGUGGGCAAUGGAUUGCUUGCUGGAGCCGCUGCUGCUGCGCUUUCGCUACCACUUUGAGCGCCUCGAUAGUGCGACGAAUCAACUGGCGAAGCCGGAGUGGUACUUGAGUUACGUGCAGGAGCAAAUCAGUGCACACACACGGUUUCUCGCACACGCACUUACUCCAGAGCUACAUCGCUUUCGCAACGAGAUCCAUUGCUGGGAUGCUCAGAUUCUGAUGUUGCGCGGACUCAUUCGAGCUGUCUGUCGUAAGCUUACGCACGACUUGCCGACGCUGUUGACGCAUCCACCGCUCUUGUGCCAUACGUUGGACGAGACCCUGCUCUUCGAACACGCAAUUGACGAGGACAUUGGCUACGACUCCUGGGCCAGCACGGAUCGUCGCGCAUAUCCUCGCUGCAUUGAUGUGUUUACGUCGGAUCAUGACGUGUUAUUCGCUUGGACGAAUGCCGACGUUGAGUACGCGCAGCGUGUGCUUUCGUCGAUUUUCGAAGUCGAAUCCUCCAGUAGCGGAUUCGAGCUAGACGCCUGCUACGGGAAACAGGCUUCGGUCUGGCGUCUGGAAGAGGAGGUGUACAGAUGCGCGGGGGGUGCCGUGUCAGAGCACGAGACAGUGCUUAUUCCACCAGUUGCACUUCGGUUUGUGGCCAUGCUUGAUUUCCUUUCCCAGCGAUUCAUGCUCAUGGAGGCGGAAGAGCACCGUUACUUGUACGUGAUGCAGGUGCAUCUGCCACUUUUGUGUCGAUUCGGAGAGCUCUGCGAGGCUCGUGGACGCCGGCUGAUUGGCGCCCUAACUAGUAGAACCACCGACGCGAACAUCCUGUACAUCUGGGGAGAGCUGUUUGUAGUGGCAAAUGCAGUGCAGUACGUAACGCACGCAUUGGCGGCGUGGGAUCAGAGCAAUGUUUUCCUGGAGCUUUCGAGGAAGAUUGCACGAUCGGAGACAACGCGAGCUCAGGUGCUUCGAAUGCACGUCGCCUACUCAAAGCAAGUUUUUGCACGUGCGACAGCCACUGUACUUGCUACUGAAGAAGCGACAGCAGUUCGGCAAGCGCUUGCCGGACCGGGUGCCAUGAUCGGGCCCACCGCUGCUUUGUCCGCGGCGUAUUCGGUCGGGUCCAAGACGAUGAAAAGCCUGUUCGGCCGUGCAGAAACUGACGAUAAGGUUGAGGAAAAUGGUGAUGCAGCCUUCCAAGUAAGUAAAGCUUCGUCAGCUGGAACUACUACGGCCGAUAAGCUAGCAGCUAGCGAAGACAGUCCGACAAAUGAGUUGGAGGAAGAGCAAGACGAGUCACUUCUGUUCUCGCAUACGAUUUUUGAGCGGCAGAUCUCAUGGCUCAAUUCGCUGGCAACGAUGCUGCUGGAUGGCGGCAAGGACGUGCUGGUGCACACAGCGGAACGUGACGUAGAAAUGUACUGCGCAAGCACGUUUUGGACAGACGCACAUGACGGUGGCAUAAACAACGACCGUCUGUCCAUCACGCAAACUGUCUCUUCCGAAUUGGCGAGUUCGUACACACUCAUCAGCAAUGUGCUGUCCCACGCGCGUACGCUGCUUCUCCCCGAGUGCCGAUCCAUUCUUUGGGAGCCUCUAGCAUCGGCCCUAGAUAGCGCUUUGUUUGAUGCGUUCUACAAUCCUGUCUCGACGGUGGAGGUUACUCAACUAAGCAGUUCAGGGACGCGUCAAUUCGUGGAGGACGUUAAAUCCCUCAUAGCCAUAUUUGCAGCAGGAUCGACGAAGCCACUGCCUCGGUCAUACUUCCGACUCACUCAGGCUGUGUGCCACCUUUUGGAAAUGCCUGCAGCACGACGACUGGAGGUGUGCAAAGCUCUCGACGAUGGGUCGACUGCAUUCGCAUGCGAGAAUGGAGACGAUUCGGCACAGCUCUCGACGAUUUUGGAAACGUGCGGGAUUUCCUCGCUGUCGCCAGCCCAAGUUGUGUGGAUAUGCGCCUCUCGGCUGGACUAUCGUCGAUGA